UGCAGUCCGAGGGAAAGAGGAGAUCUUGCACAAGGCGCCCUGUGUCUGCCCUCAGUGGGGAAGGCGGCAUGGGGCCUCUCUGGCUGCUCGUCCUGCUCCUCGUCACAGAGCUGUCCCGAGCCCACAACAUCACAGUGUUCCUGGGCGUGGCGGGCCAGUCCCUGCAGGUCUCCUGCCCCUAUGACUCCCUGAAGCACUGGGGGAGGCGCAAGGCCUGGUGCCGCCAGCUGGGCGAGGAGGGCCCGUGCCAGCGUGUGGUCAGCACACACAGCGUGUGGCUGCUCUCCUUCCUGAAGAGGCGGAACGGGAGCACAGCCAUCGCAGAUGAUGCCCUGGGCGGCACCCUCACCGUCACACUGCGCAAUCUUCAAGCCCACGACACGGGCCUCUACCAGUGCCAGAGCCUGCGUGGCAGUGAGGCCGACACCCUCAGGAAGGUCCUGGUGGAGGUGCUGGCAGAACCCCUGGCCUCUGGAGAUCUCUGGGUCCCUGGGGAGUCCGAGAGCUUGGAAGAUGUCCAUGUGGAGCACAGCAUCGGCAGGAGCACCUCGGCAGGAGAGACUCACUUCCCACCCACUUCCGUCCUUCUCCUCCUGGCCUGCAUCUUCCUCAUCAAGUUCCUGGCAGCUGGCAGCCUCUGGGCUGCAGCCUGGCGUGGGCAGAGGCCGGGGACACGUCCAGCCAGUGGACUGGACUGUGGUCGUGAGCCAGGGCACCAGCUCCAAGAGCUGACAGGGCUGAGAGACCCUUGAGAGAAGAGGAUGGGAGGAGAAGCCCAGGACAGGUCCAGCCAGGGGCC